UCAACAAUGACAAUGCUUUCUGGAAAUGACUCCUUAGUGACUGAAUUCAUUCUUGCUGGGCUAACAGAUCGUCCAGAGCUCCAGCUACCCCUCUUCUGCUUGUUUCUAAUGAUCUACAUGGUCACCCUGAUUGGCAACUUAGGUUUGAUCAUUCUGAUUGCUCUCAGUUCUCACCUCCACACCCCCAUGUACUAUUUUCUCUUUAACCUUUCUUACAUUGACCUCUGUUACUCUUCUGUUUUCACUCCAAAAAUGCUGAUGAACUUUGUCUCAAAGAAAAAUGGCAUCUCCUACAUAGGGUGCAUGGUUCAGCUGUUUUUCUUUCUCUUCUUUGUUAUCUCUGAGUGCUACAUGUUGACGGCAAUGGCCUAUGACCGUUAUGUGGCCAUCUGUAACCCACUGCUGUAUAAGGUCACCAUGUCUCAGCAGGUCUGUUCUGGGCUAUCUCUUGCUGCCUAUGCAAUGGGCUUUGCUGGAGCCAGUGCCCACACAGGCUGUAUGCUUAGACUGACCUUCUGCAGUGCCAAUGUCAUCAAUCACUACUUGUGUGACAUCCUGCCUCUCCUGCAACUCUCCUGCACCAGCACCUACGUCAAUGAGGUUGUAGUGCUCAUUGUGGUGGGUGUUAAUAUCACAGUCCCCAGUGUCACCAUCCUAAUAUCUUACAUUUUCAUCAUCAUGAACAUUCUUCAUAUCAAAUCUAAACAAGGAAGAUCCAAAGCCUUCAGUACCUGCAGCUCUCACAUCGUUGCCAUUUCUCUGUUUUUUGGGUCAGCAGCAUUUAUGUAUCUUAAAUAUUCUUCUCCUGGAUCUAUGGAACAGGGAAAAAUUUCUUCGGUUUUCUACACUAAUGUGGGUCCCAUGCUCAAUCCACUGAUCUACAGCUUGAGAAACAAAGAUGUAAAAAUUUCAUUGAAGAAAGUGAAGAUUAAAAUUCAGAGCAGAGACAUAUUCUAA